GACAGCGUUCCUCACCCUGAGGACAGAGUUCCUCACUCUGAUGACAGCGUUCCUCACACUGAGGACAGCGUUCCUCACUCUGAGGACAGCGUUCCUCACUCUGAGGACAGCGUUCCUCACUCUGAGGACAGCGUUCCUCACUCUGAGGACAGCGUUCCUCACUCUGAGGACAGCGUUCCUCACUCUGAGGACAGCGUUCCUCACUCUGAGGACAGCGUUUCUCACUCUGAGGACAGCGUUCCUCACCCUGAGGACAGCGUUCCUCACUCUGAUGACAGCGUUUCUCACACUGAGGACAGCGGUCCUCACUCUGAGGACAGCGUUCCUCACUCUAAGGACAGCGUUCCUCACUCUGAGGACAGCGUUCCUCACUCUGAGGACAGCGUUCCUCACUCUGAGGACAGCGUUCCUCACUCUGAGGACAGCGUUCCUCACUCUGAGGACAGCGUUCCUCACUCUGAGGACAGCGUUCCUCACUCUGAGGACAGCGUUUCUCACUCUAAGGACAGCGUUCCUCACUCUGAGGACAGCGUUCCUCACUCUGAGGACAGCGUUCCUCACUCUGAGGACAGCGUUCCUCACUCUGAGGAGAGCGUUCCUCAGUCUGAGGACAGCGUUCCUCAGUCUGAGGACAGCGUUCCUCACUCCGAGGACAGCGUUCCUCACUCUGAGGACAGCGUUCCUCACUCUGAGGACAGCGUUCCUCACUCUGAGGACAGCGUUCUCACUCUGAGGACAGCGUUCCUCACUCUGAGGACAGCGUUCCUCACUCUGAGGACAGCGUUCCUCACUCUGAGGAGAACGUUUCUCACUCUGAGGACAGCGUUCCUCACUCUGAGGACAGCGUUCUUCACUCUGAGGACAGCGUUCCUCACUCUGAGCACAGCGCUCCUCACUCUGAGGACAGCGUUCCUCACUCUGAGUACAGCGUUCCUCACUCUGAGGACAGCGUUCCUCACUCUGAGGACAGCGUUCCUCACUCUGAGGACAGCGUUCCUCACUCUGAGGACAGCGUUCCUCACUCUGAGGACAGCGUUCCUCACUCUGAGGAAAGCGUUCCUCACUCUGAGGACAGCGUUCCUCACUCUGAGGACGGCGUUCCUCACUCUGAGGACAGCGUUCCUCACUCUGAGGACAACGUCCCUCACUCUGAGGACAGCGUUCCUCAUUCUCAGGACAGCGUUCUUCACUCUGAGGACAGCGUUCCUCACUCUGAGGACAGCGUUCCUCACUCUGAGGACAGCGUUCCUCACUCUGAGGACAGCGUUCCUCACUCUGAGGACAGCGUUCCUCACUCUGAGGACAGCGUUCCUCACUCUGAGGACAGCGUUCCUCACUCUGAUGACAGCGGUCCUCACUCUGAGGACAGCGUUCCUCACUCUGAGGACAGCGUUCCUCACUCUGAGGACAGCGUUCCUCACUCUGAAGAAAGCGUUCCUCACUCUGAGUAAAGCGUUCCUCAGUCUGAGUAAAGCGUUCCUCAGUCUGAGUAAAGCGUUCCUCACUCUGAGGACAGCCUUCCUCACUCUGAGGACAACGUUCCUCACUCUGAGGACAGCGUUCCUCACUCUGAGGACAGCGUUCCUCACUCUGAGGACAGCGUUCCUCACUCUGAGGACAGCGUUCCUCACUCUGAAGACAGCGUUCCUCACUCUGAGGACAGCGUUCCUCACUCUGAGGACAGCGUUCCUCACUCUGAGGACAGCGUUCCUCACUCUGAGGACAGCGUUCCUCACUCUGAGGACAGCGUUCCUCACUCUGAGGACAGCGUUCCUCACUCUGAUGACAGCGUUCCUCACUCUGAUGACAGCGUUCCUCACUCUGAGGACAGCGUUCCUCACUCUGAGGACAGCGUUCCUCACUCUGAGGACAGCGUUCCUCACUCUGAGGACAGCGUUCCUCACUCUGAGGACAGCGUUCCUCACUCUGAGGACAGCGUUCCUAACUCUGAGGACAGCGUUCCUCACUAUGAGGACAGCGUUCCUCACUCUGAGGACAGCGUUCCUCAUUCUGAGUAAAGCGUUCCUCACUCUGAGUAAAGCGUUCCUCACUCUGAGGACAGCGUUCCUCACUCUGAGGACAGCGUUCCUCACUCUGAGGACAGCGUUCCUCACUCUGAGGACAGCGUUCCUCACUCUGAGGACAGCGUUCCUGACUCUGAGGACAGCGUUCCUCACUCUGAGGACACUGUUCCUCACUCUGAGGGCACGGUUCCUCACUCUGAGGACAAGGUUCCUCACUGUGAGGACAGGGUUCCUCACUCUGAGGACAAGGUUCCUCACACGUAAUUCAAGGUUCCUCACUCUAAGGACAAGGUUCCUCACUUUGAGGACAAGGUUCCUCACUUUGAGGACAAGGUUCCUCACCCUGAGGACAAGGUUCCUCACACUUAAUACAAGGUUCCUCACUCUGAGGACAACGUUCCUCACUCUGAGGACAAGGUUCCUUUCUGUGAGGACAAGGUCCCUCACAUUGAGGACAAGGUUCUUCACUGUCAGGACAAGGUUCUUCAAUCUGAGGACAAGGUUCCUCACUCUGAGGACAAGGUUCCUCACUCUGAGGACAAGGUUCCUCACGCUGAGGACAGCGUUCCUCACACUUAGGACAGCGUUCCUCAAUCUGAGGACAGCGUUCCUCACUCUGAGGAAAGCGUUCCUCACUCUGAGUAAAGCGUUCCUCACUCUGACAGCUGCAUGCCUCACUCUGAGUAAAGCUUUCCUCACUCUGAGGACAGCGUACUGCCAUAGUAGCUACACAUAUGGGACUGCCAUACUAGCUACACAUUUUAUUAAGUUCCUUAGGGAUGGGCAAUCCUUAAGUUCACUGCGCCCACAAAAAUAUUCCCGUCAGGAUUUUCCAAAGAACACAAUAAACCAUCUGGCAGAACUACUAAAUGCGAUAAUGAACGUGAACAAGUAAAUUGUCAAGAUGUGCCAAGCAAUUCUUUAUUAGGCAUAGAUAGUGAAUUUAACAUAAUCGCCAAAAGUAAAGGUUUGAAGAUAGCCAACUUAAAUGUAAAUAGCUUAAUGAAACAUCUGGAUGAAAUUCGCUUAAUCCUUAACAAUAACGCCCUUGAUAUUCUUGCAAUUAAUGAGUCCAAAAUUGGUAAUCAGAUUUCAAAUAAUGAGAUACAUAUUGAUGGUUUUAAUAUAAUUCGUAAAGAUCGAAAUAGGUUUGGUGGUGGUGUGGUUCUAUAUGUUCGCCAAAACAUAUCAUUCUCAGAUAGAAUAGAUCUAAUCCCUGAUGAACUUGAGAUGAUCUGCAUUGAAUUAAGUUUACCCCUCAAUAAAUCACUGCUAAUAAGCACAUGGUAUAGACCACCAAAUUCUCUUAUGAAUAUAUUUGAUUACUGGGCAAGCUUUCUAGCAAAAUGUGAUAAUGAAGAUAAGGAGCUAAUCCUCAUAGGAGAUCUAAAUUGUGAUGUCAGUAAAACUAUAUCUGACCCUCACACAUGUAAGUUGCAAUUUUUAUGUUCUCUGUAUCAGAUAGACCAACUUAUUAAAGAAUCUACAAGGCUAACUCCUAAAUCAGCUACACUAAUUGAUUUAAUAUUAACAAAUAGACCAGAAAAUAUUUCCAGAUCAGGUUUCAUUCACCUGGGAAUUUCAGAUCACAGCCUUGUCUACGCUGUGAGAAAAUUUACACUACCGAAUGGAAGGCAAAAAAUUCGUCAGGUUCGUAACUUUAAAAACUUUGUCGAAAAUGAUUUCAUUCGGGAUGUGUCUCAAUUGCCUUGGGAGAUGGUCUAUCAGUUUGGAGAUCCCAAUUUAUGUUGGCAAGUCUGGAAAUCACUAUUAUUAGAUGCACUUAAUAGACAUGCCCCUCUGCGCCACAAGCGAAUAAGGAAUAACCCUGUCCCAUGGAUUAAUCCUCAAAUUAAAGAACUUAUGAGAAAAAGGGACUAUAAAAAAAAAAGGCCAUAA